AUGAUGAUGGGGCAAUUUAUCGCUAGUAUUUUUGGGCCUUUAAUCUACAAUCUGGCGGCCAAGUUUGUUGCCGUAUGGUUUGCACCGAAAGAUCGUGGUAUUGCAAAUACAGUUUUGUCGGUACAAGCUGGCAUGGCACUUGCUCCCCUUUUACUGCCCAUGCUGGCACCCACCAUUCAAGACGUACCUAAAAUGCUCAUCAUUGUAGCUAGCAUAUCAACUGCAUUUACAUUGCCAACAUUCUUUAUACCCAGUAAGCCCAAAGUGCCUCCAUCUACCACUGCUACACUGGAAAGAACGCCAUUCUGGCAAGGUGUAAAAGAAGUUGUUACCAAUAUGCAAUUCUGGUGGAUUGCUAUUAUCACUUCUGUGUCUAUGGGUAUGGUGUUCUCUGUUUCUGUACUAAUUAUCGAAGCAAUCUCGCCUCUUGGAUACACCGAACAACAAGCCGGACUCUGCGCUGCUUUGAUUGUAUUCAGCGGUUGCUUUGGUGGUGGCAUGACUGGCUACUGGCUAGGAAAGUCCAGUCAGCACUUUAUGCUCAUCAAAAUGUUCACCCCUAUGGUAGUCUUUUCAUAUGUAGCCUUUAUCUUUUUAUUGAAACCCGACGCAUUCUCGGUUGUGAUUAUUGCCUGCAUUAUCAACGGCUUUUGCUCGUAUGCAUUGUUUCCAGUCUACUUGGAGGUUGCCAGCGAAAUUACCUAUCCUGUGUCUGAAAGUAUUAGCUCAUGUGUACUGUGGACUCUCUGUUCAUUGGCUAUGGUGAUCUUUUCACUAGUGAUUGACGCACUUCGUGCAGGUCCAGAUGCUUCACCUCCUAAUAAUAUGAACACAUCUAUGAUUGUCGUGGCAGGUAUCAUGUUUGUUGGAAAUCUACCCUGUAUAUGGAUCAAGGGUGAUUUGAAGCGAUCGAAAGUUGAUAAUGAAAAUAGCAAGCAAUUGGUGCUUAUUGCUUAG